GUCAAUACCUAAAACGAAAUAGUCUCCAUAAGUGAGAAACAGAAGCCAUGGAAAUUCCUUUUCCUUUCUCUUUUCCUGCUGCCAUGUGUCUCUUUCUAAUUCCUGGAGUUUUUCCAGUAUCCUCUGAGGGAAUAAUAGGAGGAAACAUAGUGACACCUCACUCAAGAAUCUACAUGGCUCUAAUCAAAGGGCAGCAAACCUGUGCAGGAGCUUUGAUCAAAGAAAACUGGGUGUUGACAGCUGCUCACUGUGACCUGAAAGGUAAUCCUCAAGUUAUUCUUGGGGCCCACUCCAUAAUCCAUAAAAAGAAACAUAACCAAAUAUUUUCCAUUAAAAAGGCAAUUCCUUAUCCAUGCUUUGAUCCACAGACAUUUGAAGGCGAUCUUCAACUCCUUCAGCUGGAAAAAAAAGCAACUAUGACCAAAGCUGUAGGACUACUUCAAUUACCAAAAACAGGAAACGAUGUCAAACCCCACACCAAGUGCCAUGUGGCAGGAUGGGGAAGCACCAAAAAAAACUCACACAAAAACUCAGAUGUCUUGAGAGAAGUCAACAUUACUGUGAUAGACAGAAAAAUAUGCAAUGAUGCCCGGCACUAUAAUUUUACUCAAGUUGUUAACCUCAGUAUGAUCUGUGCUGGUGGCAGAAAAGGUGAAGAUGACUCAUGUGAAGGAGAUUCUGGAAGUCCUCUGAUAUGUGAUAACAUUUUCAGAGGUGUCACUUCCUUUGGGGAGUGUGGAAACUCCCAGAAGCCUGGCGUCUACACACUCCUUACCAAAAAAUACCUCAACUGGAUAAAGAAAACCAUUGCAGGAGCCAUAUAACAUUUUUUCUUCAAAGUAGAAAACUGAGCUAACCACUUGGAGAUGUCAAGCAAAGAGUGCUUUUUGGUUUUUGUUUUGUUUUGUUUUGUUUUGUUUUAAGACAUUUUUUAUUGAGUUAUAGUCAUUUUACAAUGUUGUAUCAAAUUCCAGUGUAGAGCACAGUUUUUCAGUUAUACAUGAACAUACACAUAUUCAUUGUCACAUUUUUUUUGCUGUGAACUACCACAAGAUCUUGUAUAUAUUUCCCUGUGCUAUACAGUAUAAUCUUGUUUAUCUAUUCUACAUAUGCCUGACAGUAUCUACAAAUUUUGAAAGGCAAAGAGUGUUUUAACUUGACCUGUCUGCACCUCAGAACCCUCUUAACCUUGUAUACAAAUGACAGCCUGUCUGGGACAAAAUCAGCAAUGAAAGAAAUGACCUCCUGCUUUCAUGCAUCCACAAUUAGCGAAGACUGAUUCAUCACAUGCCUCUAUCCAUGGCAAGAGAUGUCCCUUGAGAAAAAGUUCCCCAGUUCAGUGACUCUCUGUUUUAUGCAGAAUUUGAUGACUGUCACCUUUGUGUUCAUCCUUUAAAGGAAGUCAAACUCAGGAAAAGUUAAAAUAUUCUCAUUCUUCCAAAUGAAGCUCCAAAAUAUUUGUGGCCUUAGGAAUUUAGAGCCUGGUAUGAUACUCAGUGUGGGAGUAAGGAGAGCGAUAAAGGGAAUUUUUUUUUUCACUUCUUACUACAUGCUUUCAUAGAAUUAAACUUUUUACAAAAAUUCUAACUAUAAAUACAGUGGAAAAGAGUCAGUGUGUGUUUUAGAUAGUUGGAAAAUUUGGAAUUUGAGGUUAGAGAUAGUUCAGGGCAAUUGCAUCACUUAUAAAUUACAAGAAGACUAAAAUUGCAUAGAUCAAUAGCCUCAGUCCAGCCCGUAUCUUGAUAUGUAUUUUGCCUUAGCUAGUCAAAUUAUAUAUAUACAAGUGCUAAGCUUAGUUCUAUGUUAUUCUUAAUAAACAGUGAUACAUAAUAAAGAAAAAAUGGCUUUUUUAAUUGAAGUAUAGUCAAUUACAACGUAAAAAUGACUGUUUUAUCA